AUGAAUUUUGCUAAUUUAAAUUUCAGAAAAUUUUUUAAUAUUGACAUAUUCGUCCAAAUAGGCGAUCCCCCAUCACAACUACCUAAAAAAUUCACAUUAAAUAGAAAUGAUAAUUUAUCAAACAUUCGUGAAAUACUCGAAAAAGAAAAUGUAAUGAGCGAUACAUUAUUAUUUGCGCAAAAAAACAAUGGAUUAUUGGCCGAAAUACGAAGAAAUGGAGAAGAAGAUUGUAAAUUAUAUAAUAUUUUAAAUGAUAAUAUUUUAUAUUUGGUGAAUAAUUCAAAUCCUGAUUGGAAAUUUUUAAACAAAUUGCGUAAAUUAGAUUAUGGACGUACUAUAACUUUUAAUGGAAUUAAAAUAUCUAAAAAGAGAGCAUUUGAAAUGAAGGGAUGUAAAGUUACUGAACUUGGGGCAGAGAAAAGUAAAAAUGGUAAUGAUGAAUUUAAAUCGGAAGAAGAAUGGAUGAUGAAAACAAAUUUAUUUUUUACCAGCGAUAUUAAUGUAGAGAAUUUAGUAAAGUUGAGAAUAACUGUUGAAAAAUCACGUAAUAAAACUUUUAAACUUGAAACUAAUUCAUCUUAUCGUUACAAGGAAUUUGGUAAAGCGUCUUUGGAAUUCAGUGAGUGUUUAGAACCAACAAAGGAAUUUAUUGAUGCGGUGAAUAAUGCUAUACAAACCGGUGAUGCCGAGGAUUUUAAGCAAAUUAUUGAGGAAUAUGGCCAAUUCAUUCCAAUUGAAGUUAUUUUGGGUGGAAGAGCUUACUACGAGGGGCAGAAUAUUCGAAAGGAAUAUUCUGAAGAAAAUUCUAGAAAAGAUUCUGUAAAUACAGGUGCUGGACCUUUAGGUAUAAAAUUAGGAAAUGGUUCCAUAAUUUCAAAAGGAAUAUUAAAUUCCUCUAAACAUGAGUGUUCAAAAUUUAUUGGAGGUAAAUGUAAUGAAAAUUUUGAUGAAAAAGCUUGGGCUAAAUCCUUAGAGGAUUUUCGACAUUGGGAUUGCAUAGAAUUUAAAAACCCAAUUAGUAUCUUUCAACCUUUACCUGAGGAUUUACGUAAAAAAAUAAUUUUAUCGUUAGGAAAACGUAUUCAUUAUUCAAUAAUUGAGAACGCUGAAUGUAAAUUUGAGGAAUUGGGAGAACCGUUUAAAUAUGAAUUACGCAUACCAUCUCCUAUUUCAAAUAUUAUUCGCAACAAAGAUACUGAUUGUAACUUUUUUGCAACAGUUAUUGAUGCAGAGGAUAAUACUUUUAACUGUCAAAUGCUUUGUCCGCCGAAAGCAAAACCAAUUCUUCUAAUACAUUGUAUCCAAGAAAAGGUUAAACAACAGAAAUGCAAAUUGAAAAUUGGAUGGAUGGUUAUUGGUUAUUAUAAAGAUUUGAAUUUUAUUCUUUCGGAUUUUGAUGAAACGCAAUUAAAUAUCAUUAAAAAAGAUCUUACUGCAACAUCAAAUACGCAUUAUAGAGAAUUCUUAGAUUUUGAAUAUAAUUCAAUUAGCAACAUAGUUCCUUGUAUUGGAAUUCCUGUACUAAAGACAUUGGAUUUAUCAAAAAUUUCUCAUGUCAUUGGACAUCGCUUUUUCAAUGUUCAAGAAGAAAAUAAAAUUGGAUCAUAUACAUUUUCUUAUUGUUUGAAGGAUCAUAAUUGCGUCGAAUUACCCGAAUUUACUUUUUAUACACUCAUCAUUUCAAAUUAUUAUGAUCGUAAAGCUUAUGGCAUAUCCCCUUGCAAACGUGGUAAUGGUAAAAGAAUAAAAGAUAUAGUUAGCUUUGCUAGAUCAACUCAGUUAAAACCAAAAUAUGUUAGUUUGAUUCUCACGGCAGAAAAUAAUUAUGGUCCAAUUUUUUUGAGACAAAAAGCUAAAAAAGUCGAAUAUAUACAUGUUAGGUGUGACCAAAAUUCUUGUAUUUGUAAAAUGACAGAAACUAAAGAAAAUUUGAAAUAUUCAUUUUUUGAUCCAACUCAAGAUAAUGAAGAUUGA